AUGGGUUACGGCAUAGAUAGAUUAAAGGGGAAAUGGAACCAUUUACGUAAGGUACAUCGCUUGUUCUCAGAACUUUUAGGACAUACAGGUUUUACAUGGGAUCCAAAUACCAACAAAGUUAAUGCUCCAGAUGAAGUUUGGCAACACUUUUAUAUGAUUAACAAGUCUGAGUACAAAAUAUUCAAGAAUGAAGGAUGUAAGAACUAUGAAACUCUAGGAGAGAUAUUUAGCGGGACUACAGCUACUGGAGGAUUAGGCAAUGCUUCCACUCAGCUUCCUCCAACAUCAGAGGAAGAAAGGCAGAUGUCAAUUGAAUCAAAUGUGGUUGGUAAUAUGCGUACCGAUGAUUUGACUGACGAAGAUUCAAGUGAUGAUGAUUUUUUAUUUACGGAUGAUAUUGUUGCGAAUUUUGGGGAUAAGCAGUUGGUGAAAGAUGGAAAAAAAGUAAGGGUCGAGGAGGGCGUUGCUAUGUUUCUGAUGAUUGUAGGGCACACUACACCAUAUAGUAUUAUUGAGAUAAUAUGUCCGGCACAUCAAAAUGUGCCACAUGAUCGGAUUUUGCACAAAUUUCCUUACUUUAAGAAUUGCAUAGGCGCAAUAGAUGGAACACAUGUUGCAGCUUGGGCACCUACAUCGAGACAAACAUCUUUCCGUGGAAGGAAAACCAAUAUAACACAAAAUGUGAUGUUGACGUGUGAUUUUGAUAUGAAGUUCACAUUUGUGUAUUCUGGAUGGGAAGGUACUGCUAAUGAUUCGCCAGUAUUCAUUGAUGUAGUCAUAAGAACUUCAAACAACUUUCCAAUGCUAUGUGGAGUUUUCUUGUCCCUUGUCGAGGACGAAGAUAUCAUCUGCGUGAUUAUGUUGGACGAGGAAGACUGCGUGGAAAUGAAGAACUGUUCAACUAUAGACAUUCCUUGUGUCGUAACAUUAUUGAACGUUGCAUUGGAGUUUUAA